CUGUUUAUCCGCCGCUGUCGUCGUCAAUCUUCCGCCACCCUCGCCCUCCCACACGCCGCACCAAAUCUCUACAAAUACGACAGAAAAAACCAGAAACUUGCUCUACCCGUACACUCACUCUACUUUUGGCAGAGUUUCAGUCCGAGAAGACUCUCCUUCCUCAUUACGCCAUCAUAAGAAGUCUAGGCAAAUAGCAGCAAGCCGGGGGAAAGAUAUCGUGGCAUUGCGAUCUAGGGUUUAGCCGCCUUGGAAGGGAAUGUUGGAUCGGCGAUGGAUUUCUGGCCGGAAUUCUUGGCGAACAGCUGGGGAAGGGAGUUCGUGGCCGGAGGACUCGGAGGGAUGGCUGGUGUUGUCGCCGGAUAUCCCUUCGAUACGCUGCGAGUGCGCAUACAGCAGCCCGCCGCGCCGGCGAGCGAUGUUCGCCGACCUUCCGCUACCGCCCUGUUUCGAUCCAUUCUGCGCUCCGAGGGUCCUGCUGCUUUCUAUCGCGGCAUGACGGCCCCCUUGGCUUCGGUCGCCUUCCAGAAUGCUAUGGUUUUCCAAGUAUACGCGGUGUUAUCAAGAGCUUGUGAUUCAGACAAGAAUAAUGAUCCUCCUUCCUACAAAAGUGUUGCACUCGGCGGCUUCGGAACUGGUGCCCUACAAAGUUUACUACUAAGUCCCGUAGAACUAGUAAAGAUCAGACUUCAGCUGCAGACAAUGGACCGCCGCCAUCAUCGCCGAGAGGAUUCCGUGGGGCCAUUGACUAUUGCCAAGAGAAUCAUAAAAAGCGAAGGCCUGCCAGGAAUCUACCGAGGCUUCACGAUCACCAUUCUCAGAGAUGCUCCUGCUCACGGUGUUUACUUCUGGACUUACGAAUAUGCGAGGGAACUAAUGCACCCCGGCUGUCGAAAGUGGGCCAAUGAAAGCCUCAGCACAAUGCUCGUUGCUGGAGGACUGGCCGGAGUUGCAAGCUGGGUGUGUUGUUAUCCUUUGGAUGUGGUGAAGUCCAGACUUCAGGCUCAGUCCCAGCCGAGAGGAAGUCAGGCGUGGCCGAAAUACGAUGGAAUCAUCGAUUGUUUUCGAAAAGAAGGCUAUUCGGUGUUGUGGCGUGGAUUGGGAACUGCGGUCACGAGAGCGUUUGUUGUCAAUGGAGCUAUCUUUUCUUCUUAUGAGUUGGCUCUCAGGUUCCUGGUUAAUGGCAGCGAAAGAAUUAGAUUAGAGAAGAGCUGAGGAAUAACAACAGAGUGAUGGCAACCUGGUGAUUGGACAUUUCCUCCCACACCGAAAGUUCUCAUGGUUGAAGUUUAUCGACCCAAGACUUAUUUCUAGAUAUGAUGUCACUGGUCAUUCAUGAUUUUCUUUAGGGGCAUUUACAUACA